AUGAAAGUCCAUUAUAUUAAUAUAUUAUUGUUUGCUCUUCCAUUAAAUAUAUUGGAACAUAAUAAAAAUGAACCACACACCACACCAAAUCAUACACAAACCACCAGAUCAUUAUGCGAGUGCAAAUUAUAUUCACCGGCGAACUAUGAUAGUGAUCCCGAAAUGAAAAGAGUAAUGCAACAAUUUGAGGAUCGUACAACACAACGAUUUCACGAAUAUGACGAAAAGAUGCAAAGUAAACGAAUACAAUGUAAAGAUCGAUGUGACAAAGAAAUUCAAAAAAUUAUAUUAAAAGAUAAAUUAGAAAAACAAAUGGUAGAACAGUUUUCCACAUUACAAACUGAUAUACAAAGUGACUCCAUUCCUACCUGCAUUUGCGAAAAAUCCUUGGAGGACAAAAUGGAAAAAGAAUGCUUGAAAUGUGCACAAAAUUUGGGAGGUAUUGUUGCACCCUCUACAGGAGUAUUAGGUGAAAUUGCUGCACUUGCUGUAAAUGCCUGGAAAACUGAGGCAAUUAAGGCUGCUAUCGCAGCUGCUGAAAAAUCUGGUCUUGCUGCCGGUAAAGUUGCUGGUGAUAUUGAAGGUGCGGCUAAAGUAAUUGAAUUAGUAAAAUCAACAUUUAAAAUAGAGAAAUUAGGUUUUAGUACACUGGAGUCAAUUAUUAAUACAAACACAUAUACUAAUGUCACACUCAUUAGUAGAUCUAUUCAUUCUGAAUAUAUCAGAUCGGAUUGUGGAAAUAUUUUAUCUUUAUCUAGCAGGAAGAAUCCUAUUUGCACUUCUGUGGAGAAACAAAUUGUAGCUAAAAAGGUAGGUAAUGGUGUUUCACCCAAAGAUUUUAUAGAAACAAUUGUAGAAGAAGUUGUUGAAGCAGCCGAUGGGGUUGCUGAUACGGAAGCUGCUAGGGUGACUGCCACUAAAACAGCAGCAUUUGAAGCAAGAAACAUAGCGGCAGUAGAAGCUACAACUACUCCUUACUAUACUCCUAUAAUAGUAUCAAUAGUUGCAAUAGUGGUCAUAAUUUUAAUUAUGGUAAUAAUAUAUUUAAUUUUACGUUAUCGACGAAAAAAGAAAAUGAAGAAAAAACUGCAAUAUAUAAAAUUAUUGAAAGAAUAG